AUGGAUAGCCCAGCAGGCAGUGGACCCACCAGACAGACACCGAGUCCUACGACACCACUCUUAUUCACACUCCCUGCCGAGAUUCGUUUUAAAAUCUACGGCUUCUGCAUUCCGCGAAGAUGUGCCAUCAAAGUGGCAAAUGACAGUCAUCGCCCUUGGGGAGUCGAGCCCGUGGUCUCAACGCGAGACCACUUCAUCGCGGACAGGUUUGCGAAUACCAAGCCUCUCUGGACUAGUAUUCUACAUGUGUGCAAACAAAUGAGCGAGGAAAGCCUAGAUAUUCUUUAUGGGGACAAUCUUUUUGAAGUCCACCUGAACAAAGGAGGUGAGACAACUCUGAAGAAAGCAUUCAGUCAAGCGAACCUCCAACGUAUCCGAUACCUUAUUGCCAUCUCUCCAGGCCGGUGGUAUAGCGGAGAGCUUAAUCCCCCCGACGUCCCUUUUUGGCCCAAGAUUAUUCCGAACCUGGUGUUGUUUGAAUGGAUUACUCAACUUGACAGCAAGGCCAGACGGAGUAUGUGGGAUUACGUGCCUCAAGAACAUUUCGAGCACUGGUUGAACUGGACAAACUCAUACCUGGAAUGCUUUGGUGAGCUUGUGGCGCCCGGGACAAAAUUCAGGAUGGGAGUCGGCGAUGAAAUGGGGACAUACAGAAAGGUUGGACAGCUUUGUUUCCGCCGAGGGCCUUUCUUCGAUAACUCUAUCUAA